GAGCUGUGGGCGUCUCUUUAAGAGCGGCCGGCCGGCCCGGCCUCCGCCUCUCAGUCCGUGGAGUGCCCACGGUCACCUGGAGCUCGCGGGGCAGCCAGACUGCUCCCUCCACGGAGGUGGGAGAGGGGCUCCGGUCGCUAGUGCCCAGAGCUGCCUGGGAGCGUGGCCGGCCAGCGCCUCUCCGCGGCGGAGGAUGCGGGAGCGCAUCUGGGCGCUGCUGCUGCGGCUGCUGCUGCUACCGCCGCGGCUGUGGGGCGCCCCCCGGACAGCCCGCCCCGAGCCGGAGCCUGAGCCGGGGCCUUUGCAGCCCUUCGACCUGCUCUACGCCAGCGGCGUGGCCGCCUACUACGGCGGGGACUACGAGCAAGCCGUGCGCGACUUGGAAGCGGCGCUGCGCAGCCACCGGCGCCUGCGGGAGAUCCGCGUGCGCUGCGGCCGCCACUGCGCCGCGCGCCGCCCGCUCGCGCCCUCCGGCGUCGGGGCCGGGGCCGAGCUGCCCGUGUUCCGCGCCUUGCUGGAGCGGGCGCGCUGCUACCGCAGCUGCGAGAGCCAGCGCCUGGGGGGGCCCGCGUCCCGCCACCGCGUCAGCGAGGAUGUGCGCAGCGACUUCCAGCGCAGAGUGCCCUACAACUACCUGCAGCGCGCCUACAUCAAGCUUAACCAGCUGGAAAAGGCAGUAGAAGCAGCCCAUACAUUUUUUAUGGCCAACCCUGAGCACAUGGAAAUGCAGCAGGACAUCGAGAACUACAGAACAAUGGUGGGCGUUGAAGCAUUGCAGUUGGUAGAUCGAGAAGCCAAACCACACCUGGAGAGUUACAGUACAGGAGUCAAACAUUAUGAGGCUGAUGACUUUGUGCUGGCUAUCAAGUACUUCGAACAGGCUUUAAGAGAAUAUUUCAAUGAAGAGAUGGAGUGUCGAAUCCUGUGUGAGGGGCCUCAGAGAUUUGAAGAGUAUGAAUAUUUAAGGUAUAAAGGUGGUCUCUAUGAAGCCAUUGCAGAUCACUACAUCCAGGUGCUGGUUUGUCAGCAUGAAUGUGUGAGGGAACUUGCCACCCGCCCUGGCCGUCUCUCACCGAUUGAGAAUUUUCUCCCCCUGCAUUAUGACUACCUACAGUUUGCCUACUACCGAGUUGGUGAAUAUGUGAGAGCAUUGGAGUGUGCUAAGGCUUAUCUUCUACUCCAUCCGGAUGAUAAGGAUGUCCUAGACAAUGUCGAUUACUAUGAGAGUCUGUUGGAGGACAAUAUUGACCCAGCAUCCAUUGAGGCCAGAGAGGAUAUGGCCAUGUUCAUAAAACGUUAUAAACUGGAAUCACAACUCAUAAAAUCAGCUGCAGAGGGGCUGGGAUUUUCAUACUCUGAACCGAAUUAUUGGAUCCGAUAUGGAGGACGACAGGAUGAGAAUCGGGUCCCCUCAGGAGUGAGCACAGAAGGGGCAGAAGUUCAUGGAUUGUCAAUGGGAAAAAAAUCAUCAUCCAAGAUAGAACGAGACCUCAGAGAGGGUGGCCCCCUGCUCUAUGAGAACAUCACGUUCGUCUACAACUCGGAACAGCUGAAUGGAACUCAGCGGGUUCUCCUGGACAAUGUCCUAUCUGAAGAACAGUGCCGGGAGCUUCACAGCGUGGCCAGUGGAAUUAUGCAUGUUGGUGAUGGAUACAGAGGAAAAACUUCACCCCAUACACCCAAUGAAAAAUUUGAAGGUGCAACUGUCCUGAAAGCACUCAAAUUUGGUUACGAAGGCCGAGUCCCACUGAAGAGCGCCCGUCUGUUUUAUGACAUCAGUGAGAAGGCUCGAAAGAUUGUAGAAUCCUAUUUCAUGCUGAAUUCAACCCUGUACUUUUCCUAUACACACAUGGUCUGCCGAACAGCUCUGUCUGGUCAACAGGAUAGAAGAAAUGACCUCAGUCAUCCCAUCCAUGCUGACAACUGUCUUCUGGACCCAGAGGCCAACGAGUGCUGGAAGGAGCCCCCUGCCUACACAUUCCGGGACUACAGUGCACUCCUAUACAUGAACGACGACUUUGAAGGAGGAGAAUUUAUAUUCACUGAAAUGGAUGCCAAGACUGUGACUGCCUCUAUAAAACCAAAGUGUGGGCGUAUGAUCAGCUUCUCAUCUGGAGGAGAGAACCCUCAUGGGGUGAAGGCAGUCACCAAAGGCCAGAGGUGUGCUGUGGCUCUGUGGUUUACCUUGGACCCACUCUAUAGAGAAUUGGAGCGAAUAAAGGCCGAUGAAGUGAUCGCAAUCCUGGAUCAAGAACAGCAAGGGAAGCAUGACCUGAAUAUCAACCCCAAAGAUGAACUAUAAAAAUGAGAAAGAACACUCUAUCAGAUAUUUAUUUAAAUUGUUAAUCUUAUGAGAACUUCUUUAUUUUUGUACAGAACAUGGUAUAAAUUAACAGGUUAAUAUGAGUCACCAGAUCUCCCUUCUGUUCCUAAGGAUGCUUGCUUUGCCUCAUUCAGUCUGUCUUUCUUGGUUUUUCAUCAUUUCAUCUCUUAAAGCCAGUUAUCCUUGUCCCCACUGCACUCAAAAGUGCAUGCGCGUGCACACACACACACACAGAGACACACACAUAUACAACUACUUCAUUUGCUGCAAUGCAAAAGCUCAACCAGAAAGAAUUAAGUUCAUUUGUGGCAAAACUUCAGCUCUUGUGCUUGGUCUAUUUCCAAGGUCAGACUGUGCCUUGGUCUCCGAAGGCCUUCUAUGCCAUUCAGUCAGCUUCUCAUGGUGCUCAGGGGCUGAGGAACCUGAGGGGUGUUCCCCAUUGCCUCCUACAUCACUGGCCUCGGGGCCCCCAGGCUCAGAGAAGGAAUUCUAUGAUAAGUCCUGCAUGAGCCAGCUGUCAGCCUCUCCAGGCCAUGGCAGAGUUUUUGACUCUGGUAUUUUCACCAGAGAACAAACUUACACUGGAAGCUUUGUUUUACCCUCCACAGGGAUCUAGAAAGAAGAGGCCUAUGAGCUGUGCCUUUGAAAAAGUUGUUCAGGGGUUAACAUAGAAUGACUCUUCAUCCCAGUUACUUUGGAAGAAACGCUAAUCCCACCUGAGUCAUUGCCGCAUUGCUGGAGAGUGGGGUUCACUGGUGAGAUGGGACAUUUUGUAAGAAAAAAUGGACUUCAGAGCAAUUCCAGUUUUCAUCUGCACAUAUUUUGGCGGCCUCUCCUCUUGGCUGCUGCUGUUCAACCCAUGGAUUCAUGCUUGUGUCUGAUUUGUUUAAUAAAGGGAGCCUUAUUUUAAUACCUGGCAUUUACUCUUCCUCUCCCAAAUGUUUGUUUUAUCUUCAGGCAAUGGUUUUGUGGUCCCACAGGAACUUUGGGACAACCCAAGAAGAAGUCAAAUGCCCUGACCUACUUUGCUGGUAGACAUUCUGGGACUGCAAGGGAGCUGGGAACACUGCUUUUGAGGGAAAGAGAUGUUUAGAAAACAGGUGUCAGUGUGGAGAACACCUGGCCCUUGACUCAAGUCCAAGAAAGACGCAGUCCCAGGACAUUUGAGAGGUAUGAGGAGCUGGAUUCUCACCUAGAGGAACCUGCUUCUCUAGCCAGUGGGAGAUCACUUGCCCCCACUAUGGCAGAAGAGAGGGAGUGACCCAUAAAAAGCCAGCAAAUCAAAACACUUUUUAGAAAUCACAUUUACUUGCUGCCAUUUAUGAUUGUGGUAAAUGGCAAGAGCAUUCAUCCUUUGAGACUGAAAAAUUGAGUCAUCAUGAUUUAUGUGGCAUCUGUUUUCCACUUAGCCUUCUGUUGCAUGUUCAUCAUGGGAGAGUGGAAAGAGCAUUAGAUUAUAAUCCCAUCUCUAUCAAAUAUGCCCACUGUGUGACCAGGACCUAUUCUUUUCCCUUUCUGAGCUUCAAUUUUCUUCUCUGAAAAUUAUAUAAUUGCUCUUAAUUGUUUCCAAAAGCCUUCCUUCUUACUCUAAAUACAAAACAAAUAAAAAAAAAACAAAAACAAAAGUGAUUCUAGAAACAUUCACAAAUAUAACCAAAUUUCCUUCUUACUGACAUGUUGAGAAUCGGUGAAUGGGCUCAUUAUGUGUAGUAGAUGUGCUUUUACACCUUCAGCCCAAUUCUUGGGCUAAUGUUCCUGCGCUUUGAAAGGGUGGCUUGCUAUUUGUUUGCUCUCACUGUGAAGUGUUUUUUGGCACUCAGAUGUGCUGAUAGGAGGAUCUGGGCAUGGAUCUAAUUUCUGUUUUCGGGCAACAAGGCAUCAACAAAGAAAACAGUCUUUGGCUCCUAGCAGUUUCCACAUCCUGGGUGCUCUGGGUCCUCUGGGGAAGGCAGGCACCUCGGCACUGAUUCUGCCAUUCAGCCCCAUGGAAAGUGGGUGCAAGCUUCCAGAGGUGCCCUUAUGUUACAGCCAGGUCUGUCUGUACCAUUUGCUGACAACGGAGUCGUUUUUCCUGUUUUGCAGGUCAGCCAUGUUGUUUUACACCUGGGUCAGGCACAAUAUAGCAUUUAUUUUUUAAUCUGCUCUACAUCAAACCAUAUAUAAUUUCAUUCAAAUAGUAAGGGAGUGUCAUCCCAUGACUUCUAAAAAAAUCCAGCUCAGAAAUUUCGGUCUGUGCACUACGGUGAUCCUGUGUGUGGAAAGAUGGAAAAGUCCGUCAGUUUUUGGUAGCUUUCCUUGCUAAAGGAGGCCACAGAAAUCACAGUUCAAUCACAUCCUUCUCUCUGGGAGAAAACUGAGGCUCAGAGUUGGAAAAAAUGAUUUUGUAGUUAUAGAUUCUAGCAGGCAGAGCCUGCUGCUGAGCUGAGUUGUGUGGAAAUGCCCGCCAGGGGGCCCAUGGGGCUGGGAUCCCCACGCAGAGCUGCACAGACCAGAGGUGGUGCUUUCUCACCCAGCUCUGGCCCUGCAGGGCUGUGCCUUGUAGAAAGGGCGCUUCACCUAACUCUCACAGGAGGGCUGUGUGUGCCUGAGGCAGCCCAGACUGGAAAGCCCAGUUUUUACGACUGCAAGUCUAAUGCUCUUCACUGGUAUCUCUUGGGGAACUAACUACCUCUGGUCUUGAUGAUUACCCCUUCCUCUUGUAAAAAGGCUGCACUUUUACACAGCUCUUGUUUUCUCUGAUCAUUGCAUCGAUGUUCAUAACAGGCUAACACUCUAAGAACACCAGGAGAUAUUCUGGACCCAGAUUCUGAAACCCAUUUUGCAGAAGAGGAAAUGAAGAGUAGUAGAGGGAAGUGAGAACUGUGUUCACUCAGCUCAGCACGUCCAUGUCCGAGAGAGAAUGAGGAGAGAUGGUUACUCCUCGAUCAUGUAUCCAGAAAUACAAAAUAAUAUGUUAGCAUGAAGAAAAAAUAUGAUUUUUAUAAAAUCAUAUAAUGUAUUUACAUAAUAAUAUGCUUAAAUAUGACAGUGAAUACAGAGGCUUAAUUUAAUGGGUUCAGCCCCAUUUUUGAGCAAAUACUGUGUGCCAGGUGCUACUUUUGUGAUGCCCACAAAAGUAAAGAGGGUUCUGGGUAGUUCCUGUUUCCCUCUCCCUCCAAAGCAGUGAGAAUCUUAAACUUCAGUUUUGUCUAGAGAAAACACUGCUUGCUACAAGAGACUGGUGUGUUCUUCAGAGCUCUGGAUGUAAAUUGUUUGACAAGGAAAUUUUAGUUUUAAUGCCGUCUUCAUGAUUACUGUGUAUAUAGCAUUUUUUUUGUUGUUGGCACUUACUCAGUUGAGGAGAAGCCAUGGAAUGAGUCAGUCUCAUUUAAUAA